CUGAGGAAGGUUCAACACGAGACGAUUGGUCGACGGUUGUCCCUAUAAAACACCAAAAUACCCACAACAUUCAGUCUGAUGAAAUAACCACAGUCAACUAUUGCUAUAGUCGUCACAUCGAAGUAUUUAAAGGACAGCCAUACAAGACUCGACUAGAUUGGACAUCUUUAAAAGCAUUAUUUGUGGCAAAAAGAUAAAACCAUUCACACAACAGCUUGUAUGUGCCAGUCGGUUAAUAAAACAAACCCAAGAUGAAGACACACCCAGUGUUGCUUGUACUUGCUGCCCUGUGUAGCCUUCAGACACAAGCUUAUGGUGGCUGUGAUAACGUGAAGAUGGACAUGAUCUUUGUGGUCGACUCGUCUGGAAGCAUUGGAGCAUCUAACUACACGCUGGGGUUAGAGUUCAUGAAAGACCUGCUUGCUGAGGCCGACAUUGACAACGGCAAUGUUAGGGUCGGUGUCGUCAUUUUUAGUAGUGCAGAUAGAAUCCUGUUCCACUUGGAUAGCUAUAAAACCAAAGCUGAAUUGUUUCAAGCCAUCUCUGCCAUCCCUUAUAUCGCAAGGGGCACCAACACUGCUGAUGGUCUAAGAACAAUGAGGACGACAAUGUUUAGUCCUGAGCACGGAGAUCGCCCCAAUGUCCCCAACAUUGCAGUGGUCAUCACAGGUGGUCAGUCUUACAUCAACAGGGAAAGGACAAUCCCAGAGGCUGAGGCUGCCAAAGCCCAAGGCAUUCAGAUCUAUGCUAUUGGUGUUGGCGCAGGAAUCACCGAAGAAUUAAAUAAGAUCGCAAGCACGCCCGUUGAUGAUUUUAUGUUUAAAGUACAAAAUUAUACUUUACUCAAAAGUCUUAGGGAAAAACUGUUUAACGUCAUGUGUUUGUACGUGACAGAAGCCCCAACACCUGCACCUACAACACCUAAACCAGUUGUGAUCAGACGUGUGCACACCAGGUUUGAUCUAGUGUUUGUACUUGAUGCCACUUCCAGUGUGUCCAAAUCUAACUUUGAUCUGAUGAAAACAUUCAUCAAAGAUUUCAUCUACGAAGACGAUAUUUACAAUGAAAAUGUUAGAAUUGGUGUUGUCACUAGUAGUAACAGUCAUAUCCAGUUCCACCUUGACAAACAUGGAACUAAAGAUGACGUCAUAAAUGACAUUGACGCCAUAGCCUAUCCACCAAAUGACACUGACACGGCAGAUGCCAUUAGAACAAUGAGGACAGCCAUGUUCAAUGAGUCAAAUGGGGAUCGUUUAGAUGUUGAUAACAUCGCCAUAGUACUGACAACUGGUGUUUCCAACAGCCAAAACAUUCAGGCAGAAUCUGAUGCGGCCAGAACACAGGGCAUUCACAUCUUUGUUGUUGGCAUUGGUCUAAGGGACACCACACAGUUGGAUGUUAUCGCCAACAAACCAGUUGACCAAAAUAGAUUUACUGUCAAUGAUUUUACAGAUCUUGAGGACCUAAAGGAGAAUGUUUUUUCUUCUGUGUUAAAAACUGUCAAGGAAAAACGAAGUGAAAGAAAAGAUUGUCCGCCAGAACCUGCUGCUGUGGAACUGAACGUCCGGACCAAACCAUUUGGUGAGGGCUAUUUCGUCUGCUCACUGUCAGAGCUUCUACCAGCAGGUGUGGACAUCUUGUUUACAUUGCACGUAGAGAGAAAAGUUAGACCUUUCAACAAAAACAUCAAUUCAUCUGAGGGACUUUUUCCAUUUACUGAUGUUAAACGAGCUUUGUAUAAGAAAAGGAUUUACUGUUCGGCUGCGGUAAAAAAUGUGACAAGUGGAUCAAAAAAUUGUCACGAAGAAAGCAGCAAUGUUAUCAUACCAUCGGUCAUAUGUCCACAACAAACUACCUUAAGAUUAGUUGAAGGUCAAGGUCCUGUAAAUCUGGUUUUUAAACUGACUGCUCCACCAGAACUUUACUGUACUGUUAGACCAGGAAGUCCGUGUGAUGUGGAGGUCGUCAUAGAGAUUCUUCCAGGCAGUGAUGAACUCAAUUGUUCUAACACUGAAAUCAUACCCCAAGUUGUAUUUGAAACUAAAAGCUGUGGCCAGAAAUUUUCUCAUCAUAAUUGGAAGGAUGGAAUCAUCAUUCCAGUGAAGGCAACAAUAGACAGGAUCAUAGAUGGGGACAGAUAUUUAACCAUACAAAGCUACAUUAAAUUCAGUGGUUAUCUGACCCCCCAGGAGAGUUGUGCUGAUAUACAAGCCACUGUUGUUGAUAAGGACAGAACUUAUAUCUGCUAUUCUGUCAAUGAUCCACAUAUUUCAACUUUUGAUAAAAAUUACUAUGACAACCAGCUAUCAGGUGACUUCAUUCUCUACAAACACAAGACACUUCCUUAUCAGGUUCAGGUAAAUUUCCGCCCAUGCUCAGCAUCACCACUUGCCACCUGCAACUGUAAAACUGCGAUACAGUCAGGGGAUGAUGUCAUUGUAUUUAAUUCUUGUGAUGCCAAACAAAACCGUCUACGGUCCAAUGCUGCAGCUCUGAAUGUCCAGAUUAUUCAAAAUGGGGAGCUAACUCCUGGAACUAAGAUAAAACAACUUGGUGGAGGUCAACAGUAUGAUGUUCUUCUACCAACAGGAACUGUUGUGUCUGUGAUGCCUAGCAUGUACACCUUCAUGAACAUUUUUAUUACAGCAUCACCAUCUGACUUUAAUGAGACAGAAGGUCUAUGUGGCAAUUUUAAUGGUAGAACAGAUGAUGAUAUGGGCAAUUUGAAUGAAGACACAUUUAACUUGCAUUGGAGAGCCAAAACAACCAUCUACUGUGGUGUGCCAGCACACAAUGAUCCUGAACCAGCAACAUACAGCAGUUGUACUCAAGGCUUUACACCCAUCUCUAAACCUGGACUGGAUGUUUCCAGAUGCUCAUCUGAUAAUAAUGAUAUAACAAGUGCUCUUAAGCUCCAAUCCAUGACUAGCAGCAGUUGUACCCCAGUACCACGACCCAUCCCUGGCUCAGGAGCUUCUAGGAAAAAAAGACAACUUACUAACUCUUCUGAAUGGACCACAGGUGCAGUUAACUACACAUUUGCAGAAGCAGAGAGAAACUGUUCAGAUUACUUGAAGAACAGCAGUACAGUCAAAGCCUGCACAAAUCAACUUUCAGAUGACAGAGUUAAGGAGAGUAUCACCAACUGUGCUUAUGAUCUGGUGAGCACAGGACUGUUUGAUUGGGCUGUGUCACACGAAAGCAACCUGGCAGAGGAGUGUAUCACACGAGCUGAACAAAACCAAAGUUCAUGGACAGGUGUAGGUGAAACACCUGGUGAACCUGUACUUCCUCAAGCCAUUGUCACCCAGCUGUGUGUCAGGGACUGUGGGGACAACGGACAAUGUCACAACUCUUAUUGCAGAUGUAAGGACGGCUACUUUGGUGAAAGUUGCCAGUUUGGACCCAACACUGUGCCACUUAUUUUUGGAGCAGACAAAACUUGUAAUAUUCAAGAAUCUUCUUGUGAAACAGUCAGGAUAGAUGGGGAUUUUUUCACAUCUUCUGAUAAUCUUGCUUGCCAUAUAAACUUUGCUGCGGUGGAUACACGUGCUAGAAAAACAGAGAGCAGUGCUGUAGUGAGAGCAGAGUACAUCAGCAUGUACCAAGUUGGAUGUACACUCCCUACACGACGCAGUGCCUACAUCACCGUCACAAACGAUGGCGUCCAUCAGAGUGAAAAUGUUUACCUUCAUGUUGUCCACAACUCCAGCUGUCAGACUUGUGUCAUCAAUGACAACAAAACUGAUGUUGACUGUCACAUUAUUACAAAUGUGUGUGUGAUAAAAGGACAAUGUUACUUACAACAGCAAGAAGACUCAGUGGAUUCUUGCAACAUCUGUAAUCUUGAUAGCAGCAACACUGUAUGGACCAGGAAAACAGAUUCAGCAUGCAAGGAAGGCUUGUCUAAUGAAGCCAUCAUUGCCAUCAGCACUGGUUGUGCUGUUUUUGGGUUGCUUCUCAUCCUAGUCGUCAUCAUAGUUAUCCUUAAGAAAAAGAGAGCAGGGAAGUCAGCUGUUUCUUUUUCUUCUACUGUGAAAUGAAAUCAAAAAGCUUUUUACCGAUUGUUUUAAUUUUAUUUAUUCAUUUUUAACAAUAUAUUAAUUUUGACCAGUUUUAAAAAUAAUAAUAUGUUGUAUGCAAGAAUCAUCGUAAAGUUUUGCCCUUGCAACGAAAAUAAAAUCAAAAAUUUUUUAUUAAUUAUUUUUAUAUUUUUAUAAAGACGUAUGCAAUAAAAAUAAUAAAUAUAAUAUAAUAAUAAUUUUUAAAUUGAUAAUGACAAAUUGAA